ACUAUGGCUAUUCUUGGUAUCCAAUUGGUUGUGACAAUGGUGAUGUUGAGUAUUUUACAUAAAUUCGCUAUUCAUUACUCUUUCGCUCGAUGGCUACUUGCUCAUCGAUUAGUGAGAUAUCUUCAACCAACAGAACAGCAAAUUAAACGUGGUAUUGCUACAUUAGAAAGUGAAAGAAAAGCUCAACAACAAAGCGAUGAUAAAAAUGGUAAACACGGCAAAUCCAAGACACCCAAACAGGUAUCACAUAGAGGGAAGAAAGGAAAUCGAUCUGAUAAAAGUAAAAUAGACGAUAACAUGGUCUCUAAAAAGUUAUCACUCACUUUGGAAGCGGAAGUUCAUCCAAUUGAUUUAAUUCAGUUAAAUUUUUACAAAGAAUACCAAUGGUUAAUUGAUUUUGCCUUAUAUGCAUCAUUGGUGUACAUUAUUUCCGAAGUCCAAUAUUAUUUGAUACCCGCAAGUCGGGAAAUGAAUCUCAGUCUAAUUUGGUGUCUUCUUGUCAUUGGUUUCACUACAAAACUUUUACUAUCCAUAACUGGAAUCUAUUUCCAAGGAAAUGAUGAUGCUAUUGGUGAACGUUCAAUGUGUCUAGUGUCUGGUUGCCUUUUCUUUCUUUUCUCAAUGAUUGUUCUAAUUGCUGACGAAAAUUUUCUCGAAUUUGGAUUGAAUCCAGCCUAUUCUUCCUUUAAUUCAAGUGCUACUCAAUUCUUUGAGGCUCAUGGUCUCCAUGAAAGUACCAAAGGUGUCACAUCUAAAUUGCUUUUCAAAUUUUGGCUUGCGGUUUGGAGCGGACUCAUUGGUGCUCUUUUCAUCUUUCCUGGUCUUCGAUUUGCUCAAAUGCACAAAGAUUCAUUAGAAUAUGCUGAAGGAAAACCAAUUAGACAACUUUUGUUCCAUACAGCUUUUAUCCCUUUAAUUAUUAUUCUCUUGUGGAUCAAACCUAUCGGUCGUGGAUAUUUCACCGAAAAAGAAUGGCCUAAUAGGGGAGUUUUAAUGACUCCGGUCACAUUUGACACUCUUCGAAUCGCCGUCAUCCUUUCAAUCAUGAUAUUCCGUCUCAUUCUGAUGCCAAAGUAUCUACAAGCCUAUUUGAACUUAGCUCCGCGUAAAUUAAGUAAAUUAACUCGAGAAUCGGGUAAAAUUAAAACUGAAGUUAUUCAACGAACGGUUUCAGGAGUAUUUUAUUAUCUGUGUGUUGUUUGCCUCCAAUACGUUUGUCCACUUUUGUUGAUUCUUUUCACUGGAAUUUUGAUGAAAAAUAUGGGAGACUAUCAAUGGACAAGCUUAUUUACUGGUCAAUCAAGUGGACAAUCUGAAGCUUAUCAAUUUGGUUCAUCGGAUCAAUUCAGUCUCAAAGAGUUAAAAGCUAUUUUCAAUCCAAUAUUCUUCAGAGGAAUCCUUGGUUACAUGUCUUGGUGGCUUUCGGUGGUUUGGUUUACCACCAGUGUAAUUGGUUUCAUUUAUCACUCUUAUUUUAGUAGAGAAACCGAAAGAUCCUAGAUGAGUUAAUUUAGUUGUGAUAAAUUAGUUAAUCUUUUAUACCUUUUGGUAUAAAAAUCUAAAUCAUUUAUAUUCCUCAUCAUCAUAACCACUGCCCCGUUUCAUUGAAACAAAUUUUACUAUCCAAAUUAUUUUGGACUCUUUAGUAGUAAUCAAUUUUUACCAUUACCAGAAAUCUAGUCUCUAAUCAAUAAGCUAAUUUACUUUAACAAAUGUAAAAAGCAAAUCAAUUGCUUCACAAUUACUAUCAUAAAUAUCAAAGUGACAAUUUGAUCAACUCCUAAUUAGAUUGUUUUCCCAACUGUUGAUUUUACUCAAAAUCGAUUGCAAUUGAUUUGUUGUUUGUUGAAUUACAGUUGAAAAAAGGGAAAAAGAGAUCCGAUCAAUAGUGAAAUUUAUUGUUGAUCAAUUCGUUUGAAGGUGACAACAGGACAGUUAAAGUUUCAUGUGGAUAAACAAGAUUUGUAUUGUAUAAAUUAUAUCAACGGAAUGGUACAAUUAACGAUUGGAUUAAAAUUGGAUUGGAUCAAAUUAA